CUCCCAGUCUACAUCGGCAUUUGGGCCGACAUGCUCGUGAUUCCAGGGCAGGAGACCAAAAUAAAUGCAGGUCCGGGGCCAAGUCGUCAUCGCAAGUCAGCUAGGGAGGGUUUUAUUUAUGAACUCCUUGACCCCAGCCGAGUGCUCUAAACACAGAACUGCUGCUUUUGCUUCCAUGUUUUCCCGGUACCGCAUCUCUUCGUGACCAAACAACUCUCCACUCUCCCUCUCCAAAAUGCUAAUAACGCGCGGAAUCUCCCUCGUCAACUUCGCGGUCGCCUCCUCCGCCCUCGCCUUUCAGGUCUUCGUCCUGUACCCCUGGCACAACCAGCUCGACCACGAAUUCAAGGCGCUCAAAGACGAGCAUCGCAAAGUGCUCCGGCAUCUACAACAGAGCUCGUACUCGCCCAUGAAGGAAUAGACUGGGAUGGAAUAAAGUUUGCCGAGUCGAGUGGAACUGGAUGGAAGAUCGGCCGCAUUAGAGGAUGACAAGCGGAUCGGAAUAGAACGGUCUCGUUUGUCUUAUGCUAGAAGAGAGAGUCCCAUUACCCAAUGUACAUAGAUAUGCAGUAGAAGCGAAAACUGCUUCCAUGACGCAACACCACCAUGCGGUAACUGCCUUGCCUACCUUGAUCUACCUUGUUCGACC